ACAAGAGUGAGAGAGGAUAGGUUCGGUGAAAAGAGACGUUUUCCCGAGCAACUUAGAGAAGCGACGCCGGGCUCGACACUGAGUGAAGCCUCGGCGUUGAGGGUCGGCCUCUCCUGGAGGAGGUGUUUAAGGACAGAGGGGGGUGAGAAGGAGCGCAGCUUCAUGGGACUGCUCUCUGCUCAUUCAUCUGCGUCUCGGCCGCCCUCGAACCAAACUUUCGCGACGCCCGCAGCUUGGCUUCAACUCCAGGUUCGACUCCAUCUUCGUGGACUGUUCGCGCUGACUGUGUCUAAACGCGCAGCCUGCAAAGAAGGAUCUCAUCUCAGCUCCAGAAUUGUUUGUGCGCGCGCGACGGAAUCUUCGUUCCAGUGAGUGUGUUUGACGUGCGAAGGAAGAGGACAAUGUCUGGAUUAUCAGAGCCGCUCCUCAGCUCGGCCCUGGGAACAGGGGAGGAGUGAGGUGGAGGCAGAGAGGAGGAGAGGAAGAGAGGGCGCCGCCGUCCUCCAGUUCCUGUGCGCCUUCGCCGUCCGGACUCCCGCACGUUUCUCUUACUGGAUACAAAGACGCACAUCACGAGGAGCACGGGGCGGACCUGCCUUCACACCCUGGGCCAGCGGGAGGUGACUGUCAGAAGAAAUGCCGGUCCCAGGUGCCCUAGUACAUCACCACCGGGACCAUGGCAACUCCUCGGCCAAUGAGAAGAGAGAGGUGCUCCCAUGGCUUCUCCUGGCGUGCUAGAUGGUCAGCCUCCACCUUCAUGCUCCUGUGGUUGCCCUUGGUGUUGCUAUGGCAGCCGCGGCCCAUCCGAGCUGAGCAAGUCGGGGCCGGGGGGCACGGGAAGGCGCUCCACACCUCCCUGUCGGCCUCCGCGCCCGCGUCCUCCCUCCCCUCCAGCUCGUCCGCGCUGGGCUUCAACGCCAGGCAGAGCAGAGGGCAGCUGGACUGGCUUCUGUCGGAGAAGGGACCUUUCCACAGGUGUCCGGAGUACACGGAGUUCAGAGAGAGGUUCCAGCAGGGAUUUUCUACCAGAUACAAGAUUUACAGGGAGUUCAGCCACUGGAAGGUGAACAGUCUGGCCACAGAGAAGAGAGAUUUCCUCAAAGCUCCGUUGCCCCUGGCGCCCGAGUUCCUCCGCAACCUACGGUUACUGGGGCGGCGACCGACCCUGCAGCAAAUCAACGAAAACCUCAUCAAGAAGUACGGGACCCACUUCCUAGUUUCUGCCACCCUGGGAGGCGAGGAGUCUCUGACCAUUUUCUUGGACAAGCAGAAACUGAAUAAGAAGUCAGAGGGCAACAGCAACAGCUCCGUGGUGUCUCUGGAGCUGCUCCACCAGCUGGCGGCCUCCUACUUCACAGACCGCGAGAGCACCCUGAGACGCCUGCACCACCUCCAGAUCGCCACCUCUGCCAUUAAGGUAACUGAAACAAGGACGGGUCCUCUCGGCUGCAGUAACUACGACAGCUUGGAUUCUGUCAGCUCAGUGUUGGUGCACAGCCCGGAAAAUAAGAUCCACCUAAAGGGCCUCCAAGAUGUUCUGCCAGAAUUCCUGCGUGGGCGCUUCGUGGAAGCGGCCCUGAGCUAUGUGGCGUGUAACUCGGAGGGCGAGUUGCUCUGCCGCAACAACGACUGCUGGUGCCGCUGCUCCGCCCGCUUCCCAGAAUGCAACUGUCCCUUUGCUGACAUCAAGGUCAUGGAGGAGAACCUGGAGAAGAGCAGAGACGCCUGGGAGGCCUUCAACGAGGACUUCAUGGAAUCAGAUGAAUUCAAAGCCUUCCUGAAACGCCUGCCCACGAACCGGUUCCUGAAUGUGUCCACGAUCUCCGGCUUCUGGUCGGCCGACCUCUCCCUGCAGAAGCGCUACGCACAGCUGGAGUCCAGACGGCCCCUGGUCCUGAGCAAAGCCCAGAAGAUCAUCAGGAAACUGUUCACCCUGAGUAAACGCUGCCCCAAACAGCCUCACAUCAGCCUGCCCCGAGAGAGGUCCGUUGGCUUUUGGCUGAACAGGGCCCAGUCUCUCCUCUACUGUAAUGAGCACGGGGUGCUGGGCUCCUUCGCUGAGGAGGUGAAAACCUGCAGUUGCCCGGUGGAGCAGCCCACCUGCCAGGGGGCCAUUCCCUGUGUCGUGGGCACUUCCUCCACAUCCUGCUCAACCUGCGCCACAGACAAUGCAACUCGCUGUGGAGCCUGUCACCACGGCAACCUGCUGCAUCUCGGUGCCUGCAGACCAAGCAUCGCUGCAUCCUUGGACCACUAUCUGAAUUUUGACCUGGACAUGCCUGAUGCUGAGGCUAAGUACCUGCUUCAGCGACUGGACAGCAGAAUAGAAGUUCAUGCCAUCUACAUCAGCAAUGACGUCCGCCUGGGAAGUUGGUUCAAUCCAGCAUGGAGGAAGCGAAUGCUGCUGACGCUUAAGAGUAACAAGAACAAGUCCAACCUCAUCCACAUGCUGAUGGGCAUUUCUUUUCAGAUUUGCCUAACCAAGAAUUCAACCCUGGAGCCCGUACCUGCCAUUUACGUGAACCCUUUGGCGGUAGCCACUCAGAGAGCUGGUUUCAUGCCCGUGAACCAGCCGGACUUCUCUGACUGGGAGAGAACUCGACUGGACGCCGUAGUCACGGCGCAGUGUUACAACUGGACGCUGUCUCUGGGCAACAAGUGGAAGUCCUUCUUUGAAACGGUGCACAUCUACCUGCGAAGCCGCAUUAUGACAGACGAUCCGACGGUAAACGAAACCCUCUUCUAUGAACCGCUGGACAUGGACGACCAGACAUCCAACUUGGGGUAUAUGAAGAUCAACACGCUGAAGGUGUUUGGCUACAGCAUGCACUUUGACCCAGAGGGCAUUAAGGAUCUGAUUCUCCAGCUGGACUACCCCUACACGCAGGGAACGCAGGACGCUGCCUUCAUGAUGCUGCUGGAGAUGAGGGACAGGAUUAACCGCCUGUCCCCUCCGGCGCCGCAGCCUCUGGAUCUGUUCUCGUGUCUGCUGCGCCACCGGCUCAAGCUGUCGGCUGGAGAGGUGGCCCGCAUCAAAGACUCCUUGCAGCUCUUCAACUCCAAGCUACCCAAUGCUAGUCCUGAGCCGGAGCUGGCGCAGCUGUGCAGCUAGCUGGCCCGGCACGCAGAUCGGGUUCAGCAGUCACGCCACACAAGGACGGCGGAGGCUCCGAUCCAGAGACAGGCCUGAACUCACCAGAGCCAAAACGCCUGGAUUAUCACAACAACCAAGUCUGUAGAUUGACUACUAAAAUGUUUGGAUAGCUGGAUUUCUGGGGACUCAUCUUUGACACAAAGUGCUGCCAGAGUCCUUUAAGGGGAAGUAAAAUCUUACUGGGGAAGCGCUUAUACUUGGACUCUGUUUUAAAGGAGCUACCGUACCGGCCUGGAGGCUUACUUUUGAUAUUACUGCCUGCUUUUGGCAAAAAUGUACAGCUGGUCGAAGCUAAGAGACUCGAACAGGUUUAAUUGGAACCUCAGAGAACAGAUGUCAUUAGAUAUACUGUACUUAGGCCUUGAAGACACGGAGGCAAUUUUGAUAUGUAAAGAGAAACUUUAAAGAGGGUCUUCAAAAUUAUUGGAGGAGGAUUUGUCCUUUUCUAACCCUUAUUUUCUUUAGUUACAAAACAAUAUAACAACGGAGGGGGACAUGGGAUAAUAAUGUACGUGGUGAAUGAGUCGUUAUGUUAUGCUCAACAGUUUAACGUUUGAUAAUCCCUCUCAAGGUUUUUGAAUAUUUCUUUUUAAUUCCCUGCCUUCAAUUUUCUCUGGCAUUUGCAAACAUGUAAGUAUAUGCUUGACAUCUGAGUAAGAAGCCCGUUAGUGACAUUCUUGUUCUUGGUGGUGUGUCUGUACCGAAAUAUGGCGAAUACAUUGGCGAAGCAACUGGCAAAAAUAUCCUCAGUGUUUAGUUAUGUUUUGGAUUGUGGUUAAGACAAAGAUUCCGCAGAUACGGCGCUGUAAAUAACGCUCCAUCUAACCCCGGGUGUGGACAAGUGCACAUUGCUUUUUAGACAAAACAACUGCAAAGACCAAAAAAAAAAAGAUAAAAUGUUUCUAACAACACAAACUCAUGCCUUAUAUGGAGAAUCAAUGUUAGAUAAGAAGCACAUUUAGUUUGUGUGUUUGUUUUCCCCCCAGCUCAAGGCCCAACGCCUUUUUCUAUUUCAGUUAUCCCUCCCCAGCAGAACAACAGGCACAUUCUCCCGAAGAUGUGGUAACCUAACUUUUUCAUGCAUCUUUUUGCAAUUACUUGUUUUAAGUUGUUGUUGUGAACGCAAAGUCACUCUCCACGGUGCCCACCACUACUACAUGCUGUAAAAUUCUCCAAACUCUAAUUAGACAAAAAGCUUCUGAACUUGUUUUUCAAAACAUUUGGUUUAUUCUCAGGUCAAUGCAACACUUUUCUUUUUUAUAAAUAUAUAUACAUGCCUAUACUUAAGUGUGCGUUACAGUACGGUGCCACGGCAAAUAGUGUUUCUCUGCACACUCGCUAUGAUUUCACUUUUACUUUCAUAAUUUGCCACUGAAAGUCAUUCAAACCUUGUAUGUUUACUUUCAGGCAUUUCAUCUGUGCUCCGCUUGCCUAAGUAAAAACAAAGUGGUUUAUCUA